GCGAGCCAGGCCGAGGCCGGCGGGAGGGAGGGAAGCGCUGCAGUGCGCCCAGCCCGGGAGAACUUCGGCUCCGGCGGGAAGGACUGUCUCCUCUCCUCCGGGGCACCUGAGAUGGCAGACAUCGGAUGAUCGGCCGGUCCGCUGCUGCUCGCCACCCCCCCCCCCACCCAUCCACCCACCCCCCAAAACGACGAGGCCGGGGAAGCGCAAGGGAAUCCUAAGAACAGGGGAUUGAAAGGUGGUUCCUGAGAGGGGGGGUCCCCUCCCCACCGCUAGAAGAGAUGGGCGGGCUGUGCAAACCUUAAGUGCAAGGAGGCGGCCUUUCCCUUUACACGCCAAGACACAGCCGGAGAGGCGAUGGGAGCAGCGGGCCAAAACCAGAUUGGGAGGUUUUGCUUGGCUGGCUGCUUGCUGACACUCUCCCUGGUGGUGCUGAGCCUGGCCUCCGAGAAGGUUGCCCCAAGGACACCUCGGCAGACAUCUGGGGAAGAGUCGACGGGAAGCAGGGUGCCUGGCGUUUGGGGCAGCUGGGGAUCGUGGUCCUCUUGCUCGCAGCCCUGCAGCCUGGGGGUCUUGGAACGGACCCGUAGCUGCCAGUCCCCUUAUCAGCGGGACCCCUGGGCUGGGAGGACAGACGGAGCCCCCCGACCAGCAGUCUCGCAGCAGCAGCAGCAAAGACCCCACUUCGGGGAACGGCUGCCUCGCCCGUCCAGACGCUGGUCGACUUUCCCUCUGCGCUCGGACAGGAACUCUUGGUCAGCCUCGUCCAUCUACGGCGGAAGCCCUCAUGGCUCCAUCAACCGCCAUGUCCGUCAGGAGGCCGGGGCAGCUGCGGACGGAGCCCUGCCCGCCUCCCACGCCGAAGCGCCAAGGGAUUCCAACCCCUUCUUCGAGGCCACGCGAUCUUGGGGAACUCCCCUUGGCCGUGAAGGAUUCCCGGGCCAACCGGGGCCUCAAAGGCCAUCUACAGCUGGGGGCUCCAGGACCUCUGCCCAGAAAGUAAUCCCAUUGUAUAAGCCGUCGAGACAGGGGGGCCGUGAGGGGGGCUCGAACCAGGAAGAGGAGCCUCCAAGAAGCUGGCCUGAGGGCACUCCAGAUUCCCAGGCAGCCUGGAGGUCCCGAGUUCGAGAGGCUAUCAAGCCUGGCAAAUACGGUUACGGCAGGGUGCCCUUCGCCUUGCCUCUCCACAAAGAGCCGGCCGAAGAGGGCGCCCCCCGUUUUAAGCGGCACCAUGGAGAGAAGACCAGGGAGACCCCGCCCUCCUCCACCCCCUCGUCUCUCCUUCCUGCAGCCGAAAAGGAGCACCCCAAAUCAGCCCCCACCUCAGGCGAAAAGCCACGGACCCCGGGCGGGAUUCAGCCUGGAGCAGAACAACCGGAGGGCCUGGCAGGAGCCGUCUUCCCCGAGGACCCUAGGACAGUUGUGGGGCUGAACAGCAGACCUUCUGGGGAAGGGGACUCAGCAGCCCCCAGCAGCCCUCCCCAGCAGGACCCCCCCUCCAUCCCUGCAGAGGAGGACAUCCCGGGGGUGCCCCCAAGACCCCAAAAAGACUCUCCCUCCGUGUCUCAUGCUGGAGGGAGCAGCGUGGCAGAGGAGGGGGUUUCGGCUCCUGCCGGGGGCUCCUCUUCUCAAAGGCCCUCUCCCCCUGGCAACCCCCCACCACACCCUCAAAAAGACCUGCGCCGGGGCCCUCAAGUCCCCAACGGCCACAUCUCUGCUACCCAAGACAAAGGACCUGGAAGGGGACCCAACCCAAGGGCCACACCGGGACGGCCCCCCCGACUCAGCCUAGACCCCCACCUGCCCCCCAGCCGGGCCCGUUCUCGGAACCAGAGGCAGCACCAACCUCGGAGGGGUGGCCGUGGCCCCCAACUUUCACACCACCUCUUUGUGGACCAGCCUGGGCUCCGUGGCCCUGCCGAGCCCGAUAUCUGGCUGCUCCAUCAGGGCAGCCCCGUCCCCCUGCACACUGGGGGGCAGAGACCCCAGGCAGAGACCCCCCAGUGGAACCUCUAUGCCCCCGGCACCGAGACCUUCCACUGUGAAGGGGAGAGCAGGCAGUUCAGAGCCUGCAGGCAACAGCCGUGUCCCCUGGACCGCCCGGACCCCCGAGCUGUCCAGUGCGCUGCCUACAACGACCAGGAGUUCAUGGGCCGCUUUUACCAGUGGGAGCCCUUCACGGAGGUGUGGGGCUCCCAGCGCUGUGAUCUGAACUGCCGUCCCCUUGGCUACCGUUUUUACGUCCGUCACACGGAAAAAGUGCAGGACGGCACUCCUUGCGAGGCCUCGUCCCAGGACAUCUGUGUAGCCGGGCAGUGCCUCACCCCUGGCUGUGAUGGGAUCCUGGGGUCGAAUCGCACCCUGGACAAGUGUGGGGUGUGCGGAGGGGACCAAACCACCUGCAAAUUGGUGUCGGGCAAUUACAGCGAGACCAACAUCCCCAUCGGCUACCAGCGCAUCCUGCAGAUCCCGGCGGGGGCCACCCAGAUCCAAGUCCGGGAAAUGUCCCGUAGCCCCAACUAUCUGGCCCUCCGUACCCAGAAUGGCAAAUCGAUCAUCAACGGAAACUGGGCAGUGAACCCUCCCGGGCACUACGAGGCAGCAGGCACCGUCUUCGUCUACAGUGACCAGGAGGACGGGGAGCUCCUGACGGCUGACGGACCCACCACCAAGCCCGUAGAAUUGUAUAUGAUCUUCCAGCAAGACAACCCCGGGGUGUCGUACCAGUUCUUGCUGGCUCAGCCGGUGGAUUCCCACCGCAAUGCCCGGCGGCCUCAGGAGGGGUUUGGUGUUUUGGCUGCGGUGGAGCCUCCAGCUGGCAGGGCACGCCAGCUGCUUUCGGCCCCCAGACGGAGCCCUGUUUCAGCUCAGCUGCCCCCUCCCUCUGGCUCAUGGGGCAGCCCCCGUGAGGCACCUCCCCCUCCUGCCCCAGCCAGCCAAUCGCGGAGGAGCCUGGAGACUCUGCAGCGCAGUGCCCGGGUCCCACCCCUGCCGCCUCCCCCACCCCCCGUCCGGCACCCCUCCGAACCCAGCCAGGACUUUGCCUGGAAGCGGUUCGGCAACACGGAGUGCUCCGCCUCCUGCGGGAAAGGUUUCUGGCAGUCUGUCUUCCGCUGCGUCUCUCGCGCUUCCCAGGAGGAAGUCGGGGAAGAAAAAUGCCACCAGAUCCCCAAACCGCUUGUGCAGGAAGAGAUCUGCAACACGGAACCCUGCCCGGCCUUCUGGGAUGCCGGCGAGUGGUCGGCCUGCAGCAGGUCCUGCGGGCCGGGAACCCAGCACCGCCAGGUCCUUUGCCGGCAGAUCUACGCCAACCGCACCACCAUGGUGCACCCUCAGCGCUGCGGCCACCUGGAGAAGCCGGACGCCACCCAGGAUUGCCAAGUGCACUUCUGCAGCCACUGGCAGGUCCAGUCCAACUGGAGCUCGUGCUCGGUCGUUUGUGGCACAGGCCACCGGACCCGCCACGUGCGUUGUGUCAGUAACCACGGAGAUCUCUUGAGGGACACUGACUGCCCGGACAACCACCGGCCCCAGAGCAGCGAGCCUUGCAACAUGGGCCCUUGUGUGCGGAGCUGGUUUUACAGCGACUGGAGCAACACAUGCUCAGCUGACUGCGGCACCGGCAUCCAGCGCCGUUCGGUCGUCUGUCUCUCCAGCAACGCUGACGGACAGGCGGACGAAGACUGCGCCACUCCCAAGCCAGCCGAUAUGAGGGCUUGUGACGGAGGGCCGUGCCAACGGGCGACUAGGUGGUACAAGGGCCCCUGGAGCUCGUGCUCGGUCGAAUGUGGCUACGGGACCCAGAGACGCGACAUCAUCUGUGUCAGCAAACAGGGGGUGCAGUUCAGUGUGACCGAGGCUGCAGAGUGCGCCCACUUGGAGAAGCCUCCUGCUCUCCAGCCCUGCCUCGGGACGGACUGCGAGGCCCGCUGGUUUUCUACCGCCUGGAGCACAUGCUCCAGGUCUUGCAUGGGGGGUGUCCAGACAAGAGAAGUCCAGUGUCUGACGCAGAAUAAGACCAUGAGUGCUGGCUGCCCCCUCCACCUCAAACCGGCCACCAAGCGCCCUUGCAACAGCCAGCCCUGUCUUCCCUCGCUUGAUGUGACCUGCCGGGACAAGUACCCCAACUGUGCGGUGAUCGUGCAAGCUCGGCUGUGCGUGUAUUCGUAUUACAAAGCUGCCUGUUGCGUUUCCUGCUCACACGCCUUGGAGAGGCGUCACGUGGAGGGCCCCAGCCGAUAGCAUCGGUGGAUUCAGGCCAAGGAGGUCUGCCUCCUGCCCCCUUGCUCGAAUGGGGGGGGGACACAGGACGAAGAAGGGGCUGGGAAGGGAGCCCCAAGCCUGGGAAAGUGUUGCUUCGCCCCAGAAGGACUCAAACCCCAGAUCACGGCUGACUUACCAGCAUGUCUCCUCAUAAGGAAGCCAGUCUUUUUGGGGGCAUAAGCUCAGCCCCACAGCAGCAGCCAAGCUUUCGCACUGGGUCCUCUCCAGCAGCAGGUGCACAGCAAUGGAGCACGGAUUGGCUUAUAGACCUUGGAAUUCCUUCCCGGCUGUGGCACAUGGAGCUUCAGAGGACUGGAAGCUUCGGGAACCCCUCUCCAACCCUUCCUUCUCCCUGGGAAGGAGUGCCCGCCCGUGGCAUGGGCUCCCACACGCAGGGAGACCCCGUGAGGCCAAUACCGGAUGUCUGUUAUAUUCUUGCUGCUGGUUUUUCCUCCUGGAACACGCCAAAGUUCUUUUUAACAAAGAUGCAGGAAAAAUAGAACAAGAAAACAAACCAAGAAAGGAUCUGAUUGAGGGUCCAUCCCAGGAACCGUUUCCUGAAUUUACAAAAUUUAGUCUCUGGGAUGAAACAUCUGCAGCUCCAGAUGAAGAAACUCUCAGUGGGUUUCGCCACAGCCUCCCCUUCCCACAACAGCGUAAAAAGGCGAAAAAGA